AGUGGGAAAGUUAUUAUUGUAAUUUAAUAAUAAACAUUAAUUAUCGCAAUUUCGUCGACAAGAAAACGAUGUCAUCUAGUCGCCGAAGUGCCGAUUCCAUAACUCCAACCGAUUUUUUAAAGAAGUAUGGAUAUAAAAUGGGAUCUGUAAUUGGUGAAGGAUCCUAUAGCAAAGUUAGAAUUGCGCAGCGCAAAGGAAAAUAUUUAGCCAUCAAGAUAAUAUCUAGAUAUGGAAAUUCUUCAGAAUAUAUUCAGCGAUUUUUGCCUCGAGAAUUGGGAAUUAUUUCUGAGAUUGCACAUCCUCAUAUAAUUGAAAUAAAUCGAAUUAUUGACUUUGGUCCUGAGGUUUAUAUUUUCAUGGAAUUGGCCGAAAAUGGCGAUUUGCUCGAUUAUAUGAAGCGACAUCUUAUAAUAUCUGAAGAGCGAGCACAAAAAUAUUUCUUUCAUUUAACUCUUGCGGUGGAUUAUUUGCAUAGCAAUAACAUCAGUCAUCGGGAUAUUAAAUGCGAAAAUCUUUUAAUAAUGGCAGAUGAUACCAUCAAAUUAACAGACUUUGGUUUUUCAAGAAAAUAUGAUUCAAAGGCAGGGAAGAAGCACUUGAGUGAGACUUAUUGUGGUAGUGCAGCAUACGCUGCUCCAGAAGUUCUUCAAGGUGUACCUUACAAUCCGAUGAUGAACGAUGUUUGGAGUAUGGGUUGCAUUUUGUUUAUUAUGAUUACAGGAACCAUGCCUUUUGACGAUUCAAAUCCUCGAAAAAUGAUUCAAAAUCAGAAAGCAAAGCGCUAUCAAAAUCCUAUGGUCUAUAACAAAAAUUUAAGUUCAGAUUGUAUCACUCUGAUAAACCAAACAUUGGAACCCGAUGCGAAAAAAAGGAUCACUGCACAAGAGAUAUUAAAUGGUCGAUGGCUUUACCAACUUCAAAAUUGUUUAAAUGAAAAAUAAAGUAUAUGAUUUGAUUAUAUAAAUAAACAAUCGAUAGUAAACUUCGUAUAAAUUA